UGUUCACCUUGCCUGGGUGUGUCCCUGUAAAAGCAGCAGGUACAGCCGCAUUUUCUGUCUGUCGUCCCUGCUGGAAACACUUGAACCUCCGGGAUGGAUCUGUUGUCCGUGAAGACGCUUCUGGUUCUGCUUUAUUUCAUAGGGUCCUGUGUGGGGCAGGACGACAUCCUGCCGGACGGCCCGGUGGACGCGAUCGUGGGGAGAAAUGUGACUAUAAAGACUCUGCUGAACAACCCGGCGUUCAUGGUGAUGACCUGGAGCUACAGCGACGGAGCCGAACUGGCCUCGAUUGUCACCGUCGCUCAGGGCAGCUUCAAAGUGAGCAAAGCUUACGUGGGGAGAGUUUGGGUCAACGUGACGAACGGGGACCUGACCCUGGGCCCGCUGAAGUCCACAGACAGCGGGGACUACGGCAUCUCCGUCACGUUCAGCGACCUCUCAACGAAAGCUGCGGAGAUAAAGCUCCACGUUCUGGAGCCGGUGUCUGACGUCGUCAUCAAGUCCAACAUGCCCGAGGCCAUCGAGCACAACAGCACCGUGAUUCUGACCUGCUCUGCUAAAGGCUCCUUCCUCAAGUUCACCUGGACCAACGGCACCGCGCCCAUCGUGGCUGACGGCAAGCGGAUCACGCUCAAAGAGGAGGAAAAGUCCAGUACGUUGACCAUCGCAGGUGUUCUGAGGACGGACCUGGUCGGUCCGAUCGUCUGCACAGCUGCCAACAAGCUGGAGACGGAGAAGAGCGCCGCCUUCAACAUGACCGUCUACUACGGACCAGAAGCAGUCGCCAUCACUCCUCCGAGCCCUCCCCCGUACCUCCGAGCCGGGUCCAACUUCAGCCUGUCGUGUGCGGCCCGCUCCAGCCCGCCCGCCACCUUCGUCUGGUACCACAACAACACGAUGAUGGAGGCCGGCGGUCCCGUUCUGACUCUGGCGACAAUUGAGAAACACAAAUUUGGGAAGACAAUGGGAGAAUACACAUGCAGGGCGGCUAACGCCAAAACCCUGCUCACCGUCUCCUCUCCGGUCGUCUCCUUCGCUGUGAUGGACCCGAUCACCGGUGUUAAAGUCACCGGCCCGACCGAGACCCUCAUCGCCGGCAACAGCUCCGCCAACAUCAGCUGCAUGGCGACGGCCGGCAGCGUGCAGACCACGACCUGGCUGAAGGACGGGAACCCUCUGGCUGCCGGCGCCCGCGUGGUGUUCGCCGCCGACCGGAGCUCCGUGAUGAUCAGCACGCUGCAGAAGGAGGACAACGGAGAGUUCGUGUGUCAGCUCAGCAACCCGGUCAACAAAGAACAGGCCGCCUACAAGAUGGUGGUCAACUACGGUCCUGAGCCGGCGACGGUGACGGGCCCCGAGGCCAUAGAAGUCCACGACGACGUGACGCUGAAGUGCGCCGCUGCCUCCGUCCCUCCCGCCAACUUCACCUGGAAGUUUAACGGAACAGUGGUGGACAUCAAAACGGCUGAGUUCCCCAUCAAGGAUCCCACAUACAGGAACUCUGGAACGUACAUGUGCGAGGCGUACAACGCCGUCACUGGCAAGACGACCUCUGCCUCCCACUUCCUGUCUGUCAAAGAGGAAGGCGCUCUGGAUGAAGGACUCUCAGACGGAGCCAUCGCUGGAAUCGUCAUCGCCGUCCUCAUCGCUCUCGGUGCCGCCAUCGGUCUAAUCAUUUGGUGCCGACAGAAAGUACCGGUCGAGUCGCCGUACUAAAGACGCUCCUGAACACUGCUGGAGACGUCGGCUCAAACAUCCGAUCAUUUUGUUUCCCAUGAUCCAUCUGUGCAGCUGGAAGGAGCGUCCGUUUGGAUCCAGCAUGUUUCCUGUGAAGCUCUCGCCCCGAACCAGAUUUCCCAUCACUCCCCUCUCUCUCAACGAUGGAAACUUGAUUUGAACGUCAGAGUUUUGGAUUUUAUCACUGGAUAUCUCACCUUUAUUCUGAUUUUAACUUCCCCAACUUCUUU